AUGAGCUCGAUCCCUCCAAAGUCAGGCCUUCAACCUCAAGGACAGAGCACCUCUAACCAGGCCGCCUCCUCUCACACCACUCCUACGCCUUCUGCCUCCCAGCCGGCGUCCAAGUCCUACGCCAGCGCCACCAAAAAGUCCGCGACGGACUCAUCCGCCGCUCCCGUCACCGUGGGCGGCUCAUCGCAACAUGGGAAGUCGACCUCAGUAUCUCCUGUGAGCGGCAAACCCAUGCAGCAGUCUCAGACUCCCGGCGUUACCAUCGUCAAUGGCGCCCCGGCUCCGGCCUCUUCGCAAGGCGAUCACUCCCGCAAGCCUUCCGUGACCAUCACCUCCGCUGGCACCUCUGGCUACAUCCCCAACGGGGGCCCGAAUAGUCGUCCCAAUAGCUUGCAGUUUGGUUUUGCGGCCAACCAGCCGACCUCGCCCCAUAUGGGUAACCCAGCCGCGCUGGCCAACCAGCCGCAGCCCGGUUUGGGUGUCAACCCCAGUGUGAACCCCCGUGUCACGUCGCCUCAGACUUCACCUUCGCCGAUUCCUCAGCCCGCUUCGAGCGGUGGCCGGCCACCGCCGUCGUCAUACCAGGCUCAAGGCAACGUUCCCAACUUUGGCAGUUUCGGUGAUGCAGGUGAUAACCAGAUUCGCCCGUCUCAAGCCCCCCUUGGUCCCGGACCGCAGUCCACACAUCUGCGCCGUGAAUCGUCCCAGUCGACACACAGCGACAUGAGUAACCAUAUGGGCAGUGGCCCCGGUCGUGGUGGUUAUCACCAAGGUGGCCGUGGUCGCGGAUACUCGCAGUCGAAUUAUCAGGGCCAGAUGGCUUACUCGCCUGGUCCUAAUUUCCGCACUCCUAACCAGCCCCGGGGUGGUCCGAACAUGAACCCCCCAUACCAUGCUCCAAACCAAGGACGCCCGAUGCCUCCUUUCCCCAACUCGCCUCAAGCCAACCGUAGCCCGGCGUUGGCCACGGCGCACCCUGCGACGCCGCAGAUGAGCUCCGUCCCUAUGGGACCGCCCCAGCACUACGGCGGCUAUCCCCCACACAUGGCACCCCAAUCUGUGAGGACCCAUUCUUAUAACAGACCCCCUCGUCGUGGCCCCUUUCCAAAACGGAAGCCAGGUCCCCGAAUCUUACCUUCCCCCAGAUCCCUAAAUUCCCAUCCCUCUAUUCCUCUGCCUCCGCCCAACCUGGCGCCGGAGAGUGGACAGUUUGAACAUUAUCUAACGUUGAUGAAAUCUAACCAGGGCCCCUACUUCGACCCCAACUAUGCCUACUACCAACAAUAUCCGAUGCAGCAGUUCAUGCCUGCUCCGUCCUCCCCUCAACCGCGCCCCGGCAUGCCCUACACCCCUCAGCCCCCGUAUAUGCAAGGCCAGUACGCGCCCCAGCAGCCGCCCCAGGCCACCGCGCUGUCUCGCUCGCCAUCCCAGGUGUCCAAUGACCGACCCGGCUCCAGCUUGGGGCACGGCCAGACACCGGCCGGCCCUCCGGCCUCGGGCCAUACCCACACGGCUUCUAGACCUUCCAACAGCCCGGCUCCGGGCAUGACAAGCUUUGUCAUUCCCUCUAGCAAGAAGAGCGCGAUCGUGAUCAAAGAUCCUGGCAGUGGUGCGGUGAAGACGUUCGAGAAGACCCCGGCUUCCCCCGCUCGCGCGACCCCGUCGCCGGUCAAGGUUGCCACUCCCACCGCUACGCCGCCCCCUCGCAGCAGCAGUGGUGCUGACCACACUCGAGCCGACUCCAAGUCGGUUAAGACGGAUGAGGAAAAGAAGAAGGAGCUGAAGGAUGCUGUGCGCCAGAAGAUCGAGCAGGAUGAGGCUGACGCGCGUCGCAAGAAGGAAGAGGAGGAAGCGGCCCGCAAGAAGGAAGAAGAGGAGACCGCCCGCAAACAGAAGGAAGAGGAGGAAGCGGCCCGCAAGAAGGAAGAAGAGGAGACCGCCCGCAAACAGAAGGAAGAGGAGGAAGCCGCGCAAAAGAAGGCUGCCGAUGAAGAGGCUGCGCGCAAGGCUCUGGAGGAUCUGAGUCUGAAGGACAAGGCCGAGGAGGCUAAGCCGGCUGACUCGACUCCUGCUCCGGCCGACGACGAUGACAUUGAUUACGAUGCCAUCGAACGGGAAAUGGCCGAACUCGAGGCCAAGGAAGCCGCCGCGGAAGCCGCCUACUACGCGAAGAAGCAAGCCGAGAAGGAAGAGAAGGAGCGCAAGGAGAAGGAGGAGCGCGAAGCCUACGAGGCCAACAUGAAGAAGGCUGAGGCUGAGGCCGAGGCUUUGGAAGAAGCCCGGAUGAAGAAGCGGGCGGCGGGUGAGCAAGAAGACUCGUCGAACAAGGACCUGUUCUCUUCGCUCAAGAAGGGCGGAUGGGCCCCUGAAACCCCCGUCGAGAGUGGAACCGCCACUCCUACCUCCGAUGCGUCGAUGGGUCCUCCCGCGAAGCCCGCCAGUGCUGGCAAGCGCGAGAAGCCUGCUGCGCUCAAGUUGGAGACCAGCAAGGCCGUUGAGCCUCCUCAGCCGAGCGCCGCCAUGAAGGCCCUUCACUCCGCUCGUUUGAUCGAAGACUUAAGCCAGGUUUCCUACCCCGACUCCAUUGUGUCCCCCAGCCCUGCUUUGAAUGCCAACGCCCCCGCCGAUCGCAAGUUCCACUACAACAAGGAAUUCUUGCUUCAGUUCCAGAACGUCUUCAAGGAGAAGCCAUCUGUUGAUUGGGAUGCCCGUGUACGUGAGACGGUGGGUGAUAAUGACUCCUCUCGCCCCCAGUCCGCCCGCACACCGAUGAUGGGUGGCCGCAACAGUUCACGUGGCGGAAUUUCCCAGGGAUUCCAGAUGGGCAAUUUCGGCCAACCUGCAUCUCGCCACAGUCUGCCCCCCAACAGCACCUCCGAGCAGCGCUUUGCUCUUGCGAACGCUGCUCGCACCGCUUCGAUGAACAACCCGUUCGGUUCGUUCGCACGCGGACCCAUGCCGAUGGGUUCGCCCGCCCUCAGCCGCACCAAUUCUGCCAACCCCAUGAUGCCAGGAUCCCCUCGCCCGGGUUCCAGCAACCGUUCGGGCACGCGCACCGGCAGCAAGCGCGAGAAGCAUCAAGGCAAGAAGGACGAGGACAUGGCCAAGUCGAUGCCUCUGACCGCCGGAAAGGAGGUCCAGGCUCUCCAGGUUUCAACCACUGGCUGGAAGCCCCGCAGUAUCGUCCAGGGUGCUCAGGCUGCCGCCCCUGCUGGUUAUCUGGCUCCGGAUGUGGUACAGCGCAAGGUUAAGGCUGCUUUGAACAAGAUGACCCCCGAGAACUUCGACCGUAUUGCUGGCCAGAUCUUGGACAUUGUCUCUCAGUCCAAGGACGAGUCGGACGGACGCACUUUGCGUCAAGUCAUCCAAUUGACCUUCGAGAAGGCGACUGACGAGGCUCACUGGGCGUCGAUCUAUGCCAAGUUCUGCAAGCGUAUGCUUGAAAGCAUGAGUCCGGAGAUCAAGGACGAGAACAUCCGCGACAAGACCGGCAAUGUGGUUGUUGGUGGUAGUCUGUUCCGCAAGUACCUUCUCAACCGUUGUCAAGAGGAGUUCGAACGUGGCUGGAAGGUCAACCUUCCUCCUAAGCCCGAGGGGGAAACGGAGGAGGCUGCCAUGAUGUCGGACGAGUACUACAAGGCUGCUGCUGCCAAGCGCCGCGGACUGGGUCUCGUCAAGUUCAUCGGUGAACUGUACAAGCUGGGCAUGUUGACUGAGCGUAUCAUGCAUGAGUGUUUGAAGAAGCUGGUUGACUACGAGGGCGUUCCUGACGAGGCUGAGGUCGAAAGCUUGACUAGUCUGUUGCGUACCAUCGGUGCCAGUCUUGACUCCUCCGAGAAGGGCCACACCUUCAUGGACGUCUACUUCCAGCGCAUCAACAACAUGGUCCAGAUCAACGGUUUGCCUAGCCGACUUAGGUUCAUGCUCAUGGACAUCAUUGAUUUGCGUGCUGCCAAGUGGAAGUCCAAGGAUGCCGACAAGGGUCCUAAGACUAUUCAACAGAUCAGAGAAGAGGCUGCCCGUGCCCAGCAAGAGGCUGAGAUGGAACGUGCCCGCCAGCAGGCUUCUCGGGGUGGGCGUUCCAACGUGGGUCGCGGCGAUGCUCGUAGCUAUUCGGGCUAUGGCAACCAGGCUCCUCCCCCCGAUUAUGCCUCCAGCAAGGUCGGAAGCGACGACCUCCGUCGUCUGCGUACGACUCGUAACACCAGCCAGCCCAUGUCCUUUGGUCCUUCCAGCAUGCUGGGCUCUCGCAGCAGCAGCGGUCGCAAGACCCUUGGCCCUGGUGGCAACCUGGUUCGCGGCAGUGAUGACAGCGCUGCUAGCAGCCGGACUGGAACCCCUCCUGCUGGCAAGAAGGAAGACAAGGAGGCUGCGUCGUCGAUCAACGCGUUCAGUGCUCUUGCUGCCUUGGAAGACCGUGACAACAUGGCUACCUCCCCCCCAUCGAACCCUACCUCUCCCUUGCUAACCAAGUUGCAACCCGCCGUUGAGCGCCGACCAUCCAAGACUCCUUCGAAGGAGGGCGAGGAAGCAUCAUAG